AUGAAAACCACAAAACCUUUACAUAUUUGUCGUGUUAUUACUAUCGACGGUCCUUCUUCUCCUUCUUUUGCUAGAAAUGCAUUUCCUUGUUAUUCCAUUAGUCAAAAUUCUUUUAUUCAACCACCUCAAACAGCAUACCUAGUGUUAGUAGAAUGGGAUGAUUUAUAUAUUAAACAACCAACCUGGGUGUUACAUGAUGAAUUAAUUUCGAUACGUGGUAUAGAUCGUAGAAAUUUAUAUAAUCAAUUUUUACGAGAAUAUACUGUUAAUAAAUUUACUUAUACACCUAAUUUAUCAUCUUUAUUACCAGCUAAAGAAUUAAUACCAAGUAAAAUUAUUGAUUCUAAAAAAAAUGAACAACAAAAAGAAAUCUUUUCAGUAAAAUGGGAAUCACAAGGAAAUAUAUAUGAAAGCCAAGAACAAAUUUCUUUCUUUGAAAAAGAAGAAUAUAAACAUUUAUUAAUUCAAUACCAAAACUCACCUUUUUCACCUGAACCACUUAAAAGUUGUGAAAUUAAUUUAUUUAAUCAAUCAGAUUUAAAACAUAAGAGAAUAGGAGAAGUUUGUUAUAAAAUACUUGAUCGUCUUAAAACAAAUAGUGUAAUAAUUGAGAAUAAAUCUUCUACAGAACCAUCACUUUCUUAUUCAAUCAAAUUUAAAUUAUUUAAAAAAUUAAAAAAAGUAAUGGAUUUAGGAUUUAAAGGUCCAUUUUUAAUUAUUACAAACAAAGAAAAUUUAGGAUUUUAUCAAGAAAAUUUAUACAAAACAAUUCCAACAGCUUUAACUACUUUUAUAACAGAAAAUCGUCUGAAUAAAGAACAAAAAAAAGUAUUAGAAAGAGAACUUUAUUUUUCUUCCUCUUCUUCAAUAAGAAGUAAUUUUGUAGUUUUAACAAAUCCUAAUUUUUUAUUUAGAAGUGGAACUUCAUUUGAUAUUAUUUUUGUUGACACAGAAUUACUUCAAUUUGAAUCAAUACAUACAACAAUUAGUAAUAAUUCUUAUGUAUUUCUUUAUAGUAAAAUUAAUUCUUCACUAUUACGUUCUUUUUGUAAACAACAAACAAAUGAUAAAGUAAUACGUUUUAGUUUUGAACAACCAGAACCAGUAAUUAAAUACGUUGACUGUUAUAUCCCAUUAACACAAAACCAACAAAAUUUAUUGAAAGAAUUAAAAAAGUCAUUAACUAUAGAACCAAGUAAAACAUCAUUAAUUUGUUCUGAAAUGAUUAAAACUGGAAUAUCUUCUAGUUUUUAUUUAAACCCAAAAGAGUCAAGUGGUAAACUUUUAUUUGUAGAAAAGUUAAUUAAUCUUUUCCAGUUAACAGAAAAGAAAGUAGUUGUUAUUGCAAAUUCUUCUUGGAUAUUUGCUCAUUUAUUGGAAAAAUAUCAAAUAAAUAUUAUGUCUUGGGAUUCUUCUGCACAAAAAAAUAAUGCAAUUUGUACAUUAUUAAAGUGUAAUUCACAAGAACAAGCAAAUGAAAUUAUUCAAUUUUAUAAAGAGAAGAAUAUUAAUCUUCAAUCAAAUUAUAAAGUUGUUUGUGUUGACUGUAAUACAAAUUCCAGUUUAAUAUUCUUUGAUUUUAUAGACAUUGUUAUUGAUUUAAGAUCUGAUUAUUCUCCAUUACUUGAAACAUUAAAUAAAAAUAAAUUUGGCUUUGCUACAACGAAAUCAAUUCUUUAUUUUAGACUUAUUGGAAAAAAUAGUAUUGAUGAAAUUACAAUAAGUAUGAAUGAAACAGAUACUAUUUUUAAUCAAAAUGAACUUAAUAAAAUUUAUAGUAAAUAUCUUCUUGGUAAUAUUAACUCUUAUACUACAUUCAUAAAUAGAAUUCAUUCAUCUGAUAAGGAUUUUAUUAAUAUGAUUAAUCAAUUCUUUUCUUCUUCUAAACUUCUUCAAGUACUUGAUAUUAAUGAUGAUUCUAUUGAUUUUAUUGAUGAUGUUCAAAGAGAUAAACAUAUUGAAUUAAAUCAAAGAAUUAAUCCUCAUUAUUUAAUGAGUAGUGACUAUCAUAAAAUUUCAAUAGAAUUGAAAAUUCCAUUUGGAUUAAACCAACCAUCUAAUGUUCAAUCUUUUCUUUCUGAUUCAAUAACAUUAAAAGGAUCAUCUAUUAAAUCAAUUCUUAACAAGUCAAAACCUUCUCCUCCUUUAAAAGAACAAAAUGUAGUUAAUCUUUCUCAUAAAGGAUUAGAAGAAAAAUCAAUAAAAGAAAUUCCUUCAUCUUCAAAUCAACCACUUGACAAACAAUCUGCUAUUCUUCAUGAACAAACAAAACAAAAGAUUAUUCCUAAUAAUUCAUUUAAUUCUCUUUCAUCAAAAGAGUCUGAACAAAAUACUAAAUCACAAAAACAACAACUUCUUACAGGAUUAUAUAAAACUGUUAAUGACCCUCAAAUGUCACGUGUUUCUGUACUACCAAUACCUCAUGAAUCAAAAAUAUCUAAGGAACAAAAUCAAUUUAAUCCUUUUAAAAUCCCUAAAGCAGAAGUAAAAACAGAACCAGCUAUUUCCUAUCCUUUAAAAACUAAUCACAAAAAACAAUCAAUACAAUAUUCUCAAGAACUUUCUUCAAAAAUUUAUUCAAUUAUAAAAGAAAAACUUAUUAAAUUUUCUUCAGUUCCUCCAAUAACUGGUAACUCAUUAAUAGAAAAAGAAAGUAAUUCAACACCUCAAAAAAUAAAUAAUCUUCAAGGAGUUUCUACUAUUCAAUUACCUCUUCAAAAUUCAUCAAAAGUUCCAAGUUUAAAUAGUAAUAUAAAUAAAUAUUCUUUACCAUCAACAAAUCCGAAUGAAAUUACAACAGAACAACAAUUAAAUAAAACUGGAAAUGAAAAACAAUCUAAAAUAGAUAAAAUUAUUGAACAAAUUAAACAUGGUAUUAAACUCUUUGGAACUGAUGUUUCUAAAUGGAAUAUUAAUUUUAAUAUAUUUGAACCAUUAUCAAGUAAAAUGAUACAAGACAUUGUUAACAAAAUAGAAUCAAUAGAGAGAUUAAAUAUAACAUUAACAAAUGACCAAAUGAAAGUAUUAUCACAUAUUUAUAAUUAUGUAGUAAUAAGAAAAAUUAUGAUUCCAUUCCCUAUAUGUUCUCUUAAAAAUUGGGAUUGUUCAUGUGAUAUUACAUUACUUCAAUUAAUAAUAGAAAAUGGAUUGAAUGUUCCUGAAUUAUAUUUAAAUGAUCUGGUCAUAAGAAGUGUAUUAGACUUAAGUGGAUUAUUAACAGAAAAACAAAAAUGUGAAUUUUUACAUUCUAGGAUUGAAAGCAUUUAUAAAUGCUAUUCUAUUUGUCAAUUUAAUUGA